AAAGGAACCAAAUCAGAAAGAAAGAAAAAAAAAACAGGUAUCGUCUUUUUUCAUCACAGAAGAGGAGGGGGAAAAAAUACCAAAUUGGAGUUUCCGACGGCCAAAAAAGUCAUCGUAUGAAUAUUUGUGAUGUCUGCAUGUGCUGAGAAUCCUAUUAUGUGAGUCUGGUACGAUACCAAAGAGCCACUUUGACCGGUCCGGUCUCGUACUAGGUACAUAUACAAGUCGGCAACAAGCGGAUGAAGAAAAAAUUCGGCAUGCAAAGGUGGUGGUGGGUGGUGUGGUGGGUUGGCACAUCACAUCAGUCUCCUUUGGGCUGUGCCACAUUCUCAGGAGCCUACGAGUACAUCACACAUUGCCGGGCUACGCGGAUCAAGGGAAGGAGGGACUUUGAGGAGCGAACGAUGACGAAGGCAACAGAACGGGGAGCGAGAGCGACAUGGAGAGGGGGGGGGACCCAAACUCUCCGAGACUUUUGUGCUUUCCCUGCUGCAGGUUGCUUGGAAAUACAGUUAGUGCAACCUACCUGUCUUCACGAGCACUUACAAGUUUGCAGACAGAGAAGGAGAAAGACUGGGAGAGAGCACCAGCAAAGAGGGGAGGGUAAAUGAGCAAGACGGUAAAGACCAAGCUUCUGUGAUGUGGGCCGGCUUCAUGCAAUGAUCUGACAUGCUAAACCGUCCACCCCGCUGAUCAAAGUGGGAUAAGACUGACUGACUGGGGGGGGGGGAGAGAUUUGGGCGCGGAAUGCCGUAGAACGCGUCGUGUCUUGUUAAUCCGGGCUGGCGGAUUGGGAGCUGAUUGCUGAUCGUGUAAAAGAAAAGAAAAGAAAAAAAAAGACACAAGUCUAGGGAGGAGGGGUCGGAGGCACAAGGAGAGAUACAGAGACAGCAGCU